AUGCUCAUUUGUCUGUGUGAUGUUUUCUUUAACGAACAAAAUUUUCUCCGAACAAAACUCAUUCACUGCCGUUUUAUCUUCCCUUCCUGGGAAUUACAUUUUGCUUCAUUAUACUUAAGAAAUGUGUAUGACAAUUAAGUAAUCACCCAGGAAGAUUUGAAUGCAAUCAGGACGUGGGGACUGUAUCGUAAGCGAGAUCCAGCUACGCUUCCUAGUCCCCGACGACAUCGAUGAUGUGAAGGCUCUCUGCAAGGACUGGUUCCCUAUCGAGUAUCCUGAGGUAUGGUACAAGGAGAUUACCUCAAACCCCGAGUUCUAUGCGCUCGCAGCUAUUUACAAUGGCAGUAUACUAGGCCUCAUCGUUUCCGAAACGAAAACCCGGGCCAAGUGCAAUAAAGAGGAUCAGGAUCUAUUAGCAAAUAGUUUCCCAAGUGGCACUCAGGUAGCAUACAUACUAAGCCUUGGUGUUGUUAAAGAUUACAGAAGACAUGGCAUUGCUUCCCUAUUGCUCGACAAUCUCAUCUCCUACCUGUCUAGUCCCGAACGUUCAAACUGUAAAGCGAUCUAUUUGCAUGUGCUCUGCACGAACAAGACGGCAAUUCGUUUCUACGAGAGACGUUACUUCACUCAACAUUGCUACUUGCCCUACUACUACUCUAUACAGGGAGUUUCCAAAGACGGAUUCAGUUACGCACUGUACAUCAAUGGUGGGCAGCCUCCCUGGAGCUUCAUGGACUACGUCAAGCAGUUUGGUUCGGUGCUGGCCAAGCUGCAGCCAUGUGCGAUACCGCAGAGAAUGGUGCGCGGCGCAGGACACUGGCUCUGCAGAAUGGUGUCUGGCGUCACGGUCGCUGACUCACACAUGGACCACAAGCUGUAGCACGCUGCCUCCUCGCCUACUCAUGCAGAAGUAACACGUGCAACAUGGGAGCCCUGUAGCUUGCUGCCUCUUCACCCGGCAGCAGAGGUAACAUAUGCACAACAUGCGAUUAUUCGCAGGUUUGAUGUCAUGGGUAGUUACCGUUAGGUAACACAUGGAGUACAGGCUGUAACCUGGCAUUUUUUCUUAGCAAAAUUGAGGAUAUCCAAGAUCGGCAGUUUUGACUGAUGUUUGAUCUGUGUCUUUUUUUUCUGUGGAAUGUUAGAUUUCGUGAAAAGCACGACCCAUGUCAUCAAAACCUGCAGCAAGUAAAAACCAUGCUUGUAAAGUUAAUAUACAAUGGAAAGUCCAUAAUGGCAAUAAUGGUCUACCUAAAAUCCUGAGGAUGAGGUUAGUUGACAUGAGUGCAAUAGUAAAGCAGCGUGCUAGCCUGGAAAUUGCUUGUACCAUGAAUGACCUUGUGUCAAGGUUGUCUUGUAAUAACUUUAUCAAUGUAGAUAUUUACAUUCUAAACUAUUAGAAAAAACAGUUAAAUGUGUUCCACCGUAGUCCUAUGUACGCUUUCACAGCAAUGUUAAGAUGUGUUAUAUAAUCAGCAGUGCAUAAUAAUAGAGAAGUAUGACUCGCUGAAAAUACAAGAAAUUUAACAUUUCCAUGCCCUUAUUUACCUACCAUUUAUUACGCAAAACCCAAUAAACCUGACAUCAGAAGUAGCGUUGUACAUCCAACUUGCCCUCACACUUUACUUUGCAUUUGAUACCUCUUCUUAUUAUGUAGUUAUAGCUUCGAACGUCAGACAUGGUUUUGGUCAUUGACGUGGUAAAUUGGUUUAGGUUUAUUCAAGGAUUAUUUCCUCUCGAUUGCGGGAACAAGAGGCAGCUCGCUCUGCGACACCUGUUGGUGGAGUUCAGCAGCGAUUUGCAACUCGCAAACUAGUAGCGGGCUCUGACCGCUGGCUGACCCACGCCACAGCGCGCAGUGCAGAUAAAAAGAUAUUGUAUGACAUGGUUAUAUAAAAUAAUCCGUAAUAAGCUUUCGUUUUGGCGACAUUUUGGCAGUUUUUACAAUGUGACCUCGCGAGAAAUACAUAGUAAGAAGAGGUAUCGAAACAAAGUAGUGUGAGGGCAAGUUGGAUGUACAAUGCUAGUUCUGAUGUCAUUUUUAUUGGAUUUCACGUAAUAAAGCAUAGGUAAAUUAUGGCAUGGAAAUGUUUAAUUUUUUGUGCUUUGAUCAUGUCAUACAUAUUAUUACAUACACUCCUGAUAUAAUACGACCAGGAUACUUGCAUUAAUACCCUAUCGCUUUUAAGUUGUAGUAUAAGAUAAUGCAUAGACACAAUAAAUGCAAGUAGCAUGCACUCAAACUGUAGUCUUGCAACUACUCGGCAAUUAUAUACUUCUCAGUCAUCAGACCCCUCUCAAAAAACCUUGUAGUUUCAUGAAAAGGUAAACUUCAAAUAAUUAAAAUGAUAAGGCAGUGAUACCCACUACUUCUUGCAGCAUGUAAUAUUAGUAGGAUAAAUAUAAUGUAUUUCUAGUCAUAACCAUUUAACCGCUUGUAUUUAAAACAGUAAGUGUACAUUUAUGUAUCAUGUAGCCAUCACGUAUGUAUAGUUUCUAUGCUGAAACAUUUUGGUAGCAAAUUAAACUGGUGAUGUAUGCUGCCAAGUGCAGUUUUGUCACAGAUACACUAUAUUUAGUGCCAGAGUGAGGGGUACACCUAUGUUACACUUCGCGAUGAGUCAUAUGACUUCUGACUGCUAUCACGUUAAGAGCAUUGUACUUAAUUACUCUCCGAUAAUGCACUGUGACAUAGUACCAAAAUUGUAUUGAUGAUUUUAAACCGUAGAUGUAAAUAUUAAGUCUGUAUAUUAAGGAUUGUUGUGUGAGUGCUGCGAGAGAGACUGUUGCUACUAGUUCAGAUGCACGUUUGCAAUGAUCAUUGUGAGGGGUUGUUUCACCAGUGGAAGAGCUCAUUUUCACAGUGCUUUGUUGGGUGAGAAAGUAAAACUACGGAGAACCAAUUGCAUGUUAAUUUCCUAUCCUAAAGUCCCUGAAUUUCAUCUCAAGGUCACAUUAUGUUAAGAAGCUAACUCUUUGGGCUGCCUGCACAUGAGAGGAACUACCACGAGACUGCAUCACUAGAAAUCACGCUUUUAAUGAGCAGCAGAUAGUGUGCCUUUUAUAGUAAUGUGCGUGCACCUAUUAUUUUGUAAGAAACAAACGCAGCAGAGAAACGCCAUUGACCUAUUCUAUGCCAGUAUUUUGUAACUGUAUUCGGAUGCAGGGAAAAGGUCUCGUGGCAAGAUGCAAAUUGUACCAAAGUAAAUCUCCUAGUAUUAUCACGUGGUUAAGGUUCCACUUUGCCAAGAUUAGAUCGGUGUCUACACUUCAGAGACGUGCGCCUAGCAUCUCUUCACGAAACAGUUCAACCGUAUAGUAGUGUUAAAUUAUUCGUAAAUAAAUCAUGAAAUUUGACGAUACAAACUUAA